AUGUAAACGAAUGCGAAUGUCCGAUAACGCAACGGAGAUGGUGGGAUGCUUGGCGUACCUAUGACGCUCAUCCGAACUUUCUGUGCCCCCCACUUUCGAAGCAUCGAAAACAUUGACUCGGUCGCAUAGCUCAGCGAGAACAGCAGACACAAGCUUAACAGAGUUCUGCCUGUAUUGAGCUUCUUUCUCGUCCCCCCAAGCUCACAAUUGCUGGCCUCUGACGACUAUCGAAAGCUGCGACUCGUGCGCAAGCCCCUUCACCAUGUCUCCGCCAGCAAACACGCAAACACACAAACUCUCACAACUCGCAACCCUCACACCACCCUCAAACUCGCGGACAUGGCAGUCCGCACCACACCCAACUCUUCCCAUUGUUGCGACCGCCUGCUCAGACCGAAGCGUUCGCGUGUAUAGUCUUACAUCUUUUACACUACUCCACUCGAUAACCGGAGGUCACAAGCGCAGCGUACGGACAGUAUCAUGGAAGCCAGGCACACAGGGCCAGAGCGUAUUGGCCACAGGUAGCUUCGACUCGAGCGCAGGCAUUUGGCGACGCGAAGAGCAGGGCGGUACAUUGGAAAACGACUUCACGAACCGGCGCAUUGGCAACACCGAAGACGAUGAUGGCGACGAUGAAGCAGAAGACUAUCAAUUCAGUUGCAUUCUCGACGGUCACGAAUCUGAGAUUAAGUGUCUCUCGUGGAGCCCUUCCGGGCAGUACCUAGCCACUUGUUCGCGCGAUAAGAGCGUGUGGAUAUGGGAAGAACUGGAAGAUGACAACUUUGAGACAGUAGCCGUGCUGCAAGAGCAUGAUGGAGACGUCAAGUGCGUGGCAUGGCAUUCAGAAGAGGAUCUUCUGGCCAGUGCAAGUUACGAUGACACAGUCAGGCUUUACAGGGAAGACGCAGAUGAUUGGGUGCAGGUUUCCAUGAUAGAUGGACACAGUCAGACGGUAUGGUGGGCCGAGUUUGAGGGAAGUGGAAUGAGCAAGAAGGAUUGGAGAGCACAGAGAGAAGGGCUAUCCGAAGAGAAGACACAGUAUAUUGAGGAUCUUGAGCGCUCAGGGCCACGGCUGGCGACAUGCUCCGAUGACCGCACGGUGAGAGUAUGGAGGCGGAAGGCAAAGGAGAGGGAUGAUAAUUCGAGCAGCAACACGGGUAUACCAAGCAUCAUCCGUUCGGCGGCGAUUGAUGAAGAUUGGUAUCAGGAAGCCAUACUUCCGCAAGUUCACGAACGCGCCAUCUACUCAGUUUCAUGGAGCCGCAGGACAGGCAUGAUUGUCAGUGCUGGUAGCGACGGCAAGAUUAUCGUGUAUAAAGAGCGCUGGAGACAGGAUGCCUCGAAUACCGCUAAUGGCGAUCAGAUGGAGGUUGAUGCGGCGCAAGCACAGUCACUGACGGAAUGGACAGUUGUUGCAGAACUGUUUUCAGCGCACGACGUUUUUGAGAUCAACCACGUCGCCUGGGCGCGGAGAGCAGACAAGGGCAAGCGGUCUGAAGAUGACGAGGUGGUGUUGAGUACUGGCGAUGACGGGGAGGUUCGGGUCUGGACGCUGGACGAAUCGGCUAGGGCAGGAACAUGAGGCCCAGGCCCAUUACCGCAAGCAAUCAAGCCCUGUUGUCUCGUCUCACCACAUCGUAUGACCUCAUGUGCUCUUUUUUUACUCUCUUUACUUAAACUUACGGGCCUCG